AUGCGUCCAUGUUUGACACUCGUUCUCCUGCUCCUCCUUUGCAGGGCUGCUGAAGCGUAUGUUAUCACGGAGUAUGUACAAGUUGGCGAAAACGAUACAUCAUCGACAUCGAUAGCAACGGAAGAAUGGUGGCAGUGGCCUUAUCUGUCGUACGAAAUCGAGCAUGCCGAGAGCAGACGAGUGCUGUACGACCUCACUUCAAGCAAGCAGGAGCAGGGAUAUGUGGUGAUGCUGUUUCAUGCUGACCACUGUCCUCGCUGCACAGACAUCUACCAGCUCUUCAGCUCUAUGGACAUUCCCGUGACAGGAAUCAACUAUCAAACCUCCUCCAUGCAGAUGGGGGGCACCGCGCCGCUCUUGGGAAGAAAUGGGGUCUUGAAGGGAGCGUUGAACGAAGUUGCUUCCAACGUUGUAGAACCAUACGUCUUCCUCCUCAACCGGUACAUCGGAGAUGCACCAAAGAUCCGUUUCAUGUUUCAAGUUGGAGCCUUGCACUCUCUCCUAGAAAAGUAUCACUUGAACCCUCGGCUGUCAGCACCAGUCAACGUUGGCCCUGUCAUCGCAAUAUCCAGCACCAUGGAUCGCGCAGAUCGCGACCGUCAGUCGCUCCCCUGGGAGGCCAGCGUUGCUCAUCCUCAGCUUGUCGAUCGCGUCGAAAUUGAGGUGGUGGAGGCAAGGAACCUGACUCUCCUCCCGGGGAAGCUCGAUACCCCGCCUUCGUCGAUCCUUGGUCAGAUGCCUGGAGGUCUGAACGACCGCCGAGCUGCGAACCCCUACGUAGAGGUGAAGGUCAACUCAGCCAUGGAGCAAACGAGCAUCGUACCUGGAACCUCCAGCCCAGUGUGGAACCAGACGUUCGUCUUCUUCCCAUUGCAAGAGGACAGUCAGUGGAUUCAGCUCCGGGUAUGGCACGCGGACGGCCGGUCGCCCUCUCAGUUGCCGUACUUCUCCGGAUUGCCCCCACAGGAGCUGGGGUUUGUCAACUUCCAGAUUCCUGCCGUGAAUUUUACCCUGGCUACCUCCUUCCCGCUCGUCAGCCCAGUCAGCAUGGAGAGUGUAGUCGGAGAGAUCUUUGUGAGCAUCAGGAAGCAGAAAGUGUACUACCUCCUCCUCGAGUCCGGGAGGACGGUCAGGCUCGCGGGUAUCACAGUGAGAGAUCCGGAUGUCAUGAAUAACUCCAUCCUCGUCGAGCUCAACUGCUCGCACGGCUUUAUCUCCCUCCCGAGCCUCCCGAGGCUCUCAGCCCUGGCCGGGACUUUCUUCUACAACGUGGACCCUCGCUCGGUGGUCAACAGUCUUUACCCCUCCUUCGGAUCCUUGCAGGCUGCAUUGUCGGAGCUCAAGUAUCAAGCUCCAUCUGACCUCGGGGGAGCAGGAGAGCUGCAAGACUCCAUCAACAUCCAUGUGGAUGACCAGGGGAACACAGGAGCAGGAGGGAGCAAGACUGAUCACCUUCUCCUCAACAUUUCCAUCUUCCCCGGCCCGGACAACCAGCCUCCCUCCCUCUUCCUCUGGCCUGAGUACCUCAGUGAGCCUGUACUGCCGUACUCUGGGAGCGUUGCCAGCCGCAAAGUGCCGCUGGGGACCGAGACUGCGAUCUUCGGCCUGCAUGUGGAGGACGAGGACGUGUACGAGGGCUACCUGACUGUCACUGUCUCCUCCUUGCUGGGGAAGGUGUCGGUGCAUGGGUUCGGAUCAUGGCUCGACUCGCAUCCCCCGUCAGCAGCAGGGAAGGCGGGGGAGGAAGGGGACGCGGAGUGGAUCUCGGGGCGGCAGAUCACGAGCGCGGAGGAGCGGGGCUCGUUCACUCGGGACGUGCUGUGCAGCCUGCCCGGGGGGUUUGCGGAUGAGUACCGGGUGCAAGGGCCGUACGGAGAGAGCUUCUUCGUAAGGAGGAACUCGAUCGCCGGCGAGCAUCCUGACGGCAGCGUCAGCCCCGUCCGCUCAUUCCUCAUCCAUGCUGGGAGCGCCUUCCAUGCUCACUUCGACGCCGAAGGUGAUUUCGAGCUGCAGUACCGAGUGGAGGCGGACAGACCCGUCGAUGUUCUCCUCCUCGACCACGAGAACUUCCUUAAGUACGCCAGGAAGCAAUUCUUCUCCUACGACCGGACUGCGACUCUCCUCGGGCAGUACAACGCCACCAUCGGGCAUGCGGUUAUCUCCGUCUCCUCCCCCAGCAGGUGGUUCCUUGUAGUCCAGCAGAGUAUCGACCUACAGAAACCAGGUUGGCGACAGGAUGGAGGAGGCCGAUGGGUGUCUACACUCCCUCCUGGGGCCGGGGCACAGGGGGCCGGUUACGACUCCGGAGGCAGGCCGGACUGGAGGCAACAAGGAGGAGGAGGAGUAGAAUAUGAGACAGGGAGUGUACGGCAGGAUGUGCAUAUGAUCUACGACCUGAAGUUCCAGAAGCUGAAGUACUCCGUGACCAGCUUCCAAGAGGCCACAGGAGCGUCUGUCCUCCUCGAUCCUCCAGCCUCCCUACUCUGCCGCUGGAUCCUGGCGGAGGAGCGCGACUCUCUGCCGGUCCCCCCGGGGUACCGCAGCUCGGGGCUCCACUUCCUGCUGGGGGAUGGGCACCGGGACACGACCAUGAGGUUCAGUGGGGACGAGCGGAGCGUGAAGAAGGCGCUGGCGUCGCUGACGUACCUGCUGGAGGCCAGCGUUCCUUCCUCCAGCUCUCAGCGGACAAGCAACGACACUAUAACGGUGAUAGUGGACGACAACGGCAACACAGGAGGAGGAGGCCCGAGGUCCUCGACGAUGAGGAUCAACGUGGAGAUCUUGGAGGAUGGAGGCAGUGGCUCCAACUCCAGCCAGGAGGAGAGGAUUGAGGUGCAGGAGGAGGAGGAGAAGGAGGAGGAUGAAGGGGCUGACUUCGCUUCGGUGCCAGUCGGCAACUACAGCGCCAUCGAGCUUGCAGCCGCGGUCUCAUCCUCUCUUGCUUCAUCCAUCUCCGAUUUCUUCUGGAAGUGCGAUGAUGGGCCGCUGGGCCAGCAGCGCGGAACGGCAGACAUCUGUGUCGCAUGGAAGGCUGCACCUCCUUUCCAGUUCUCGCAACCUGGACACGGAGGUUCGAUACGCCUCCUCGCUGAUCCCGCCAGCAUGACCUUCACCUUCACCUACGAUCCUGUCGGGGAGGACGCAGUGAUCAACGGGCAGUACACCAACGCCCUGCCCUGCGAUGAUCAGGGCGGUGGGAUACAAGCCAAAGAUCAUUCGUGCGGGUGGUGGGGAGGGAAAUUCCUGCUCCUCUUCAACAGCGGGCCCAACAAGGAUCGCUCUCUAGCAAGAGUCCUGGGGUUUGGACCUUUUGACUACUCCAGCAGCGUCGUGCAGUACACAGUCUCCUCUCCCUUGGGCGCUGCAGAGCAGAAGUCUCCAGCAGUCCUCACCGCUCCCUUCCGCUACUUCGUUGCCCUGGCGGAGUCAGCUCCCCGAGGCAUGCGGUCCUCCUGGAAGUCUAACAGGCCGCCCACCAUCAACGUUCCCCUCAAGACAAGAGCUGACUUCCUUUCUGUCGCGGUCCCCCCGGGGAGCAUGGACGGGGAGUGUGCCGUGAGGAGCUCAGGUGUCUCCUAUGUUGCCAACAGGGUCAGCGGUGGGUUGGACGUCAACGUCGGCGUCGGCCUCCUGCUCAAUCGCUACUACAAGAUCGCUCCUGGCGAUGUGGCGCUGCGGGACUUCACGUACACGGAGAAAUUUCUCCCUAACGCAGCCAGAGCCCAGGUAAUUUUCACUUGGGACCAUGCGGUGCUGGUGUCGGAGGUCCUCCUGAUCAUGACGAGCGACGGAAUCGUCGAGCUCGAGGGGUUCGUGGGAGGCAACUGGAACGCAGAGGUAGGAGAGUACAACGCGGAAGAGGUGAACGUUGGGUGGGUAUCCAUCGGCAGGGCCAAUGGAACUGCAGGAGCUGGGCCCUUCGUGGAGGGGACAAGGAGCUACUUCAGGUGGCCUGCCAACAAUCAGUACGGAAGCAUGUUCCGCAUCGUCAUCACGAGGACAUGGCACGAGCAAGGCUGGGCGAUCUAUCGCUCCUUUCCCACGUGGAACUCCCGCAGCCGCCUCAUCGGCAACACCAGCGUCAUCCCUCGCCUGCUGAAGGGAACGGCAGGGGAGGAGAUCUCUGUGCCAGGGCUCAAGGUCGAAGACCCUGACCUCGGGGAGGAUCGGGUGAAUGCGCCUUCGCUCAUCGUCCGCCGCCUCCGGGUCGAGCUGAGCUGCUUGCACGGCUACCUGUUCGUCGACGCUCCGUUUGCGGACUCCCUACCCUCCACCUCUAGCAGGCAGCAGGGCCAGGCGCUGGACAGCAGUAUCGCUCUCGGGUACAUGGGGGACGUCUCGAUCGGCGUCAGCUCGGAGGAACCGAUCGUGGCAGGGAACACGAGGACGGUGGUGAAGCCCUUCUACGUGCCGCAAGUACCUGGCGUGUCGAACCUCAACCUGGCGGCCUGGAGGGGGAGGGAUGCCGCUAUCCUCCACUUCCUGGAGGGGGGAGGGACGGCGGACAGGAGGAUGAUCUUCGAAGGACCCCUGGCUGCUGUCCAACAGGCUCUCCGAGGUCUAAGGUACAAGAGCCCCUCCAGGGUCCCCGGCUGGUCCCCAGCAGGGCGCGUGUGCGCCGCUGGGCUGCUGUGCGGCCUGGCAGACUCGUCGCUGCAGACGCUGCUGGGAGGGUAUGGAGGGACUGGGGCAGACGAGAUUACCAUCCUCGUGGACGACCUGGGAAACUCCGAUCGCGUCUGUCAAGGAGGAGGAGCUGACCCCCUCGCCGUCUGCACCUUCCAGCCCGGAACUGCAAGGCGAGCUCAGGCCCUGCUGGAGGUGACGACUUGGCCAAGACCAACCAACUCGCUGGGCUCGCAGGCGAACGCGUUCACAGACCAUCCGGCCUGUGUCCCCUGCUACGUGCUACAUCCCAGCGACUCAGACCUCUGCAUGCACAUCGAACUCUACUGGAGCGACCCUGAUUUGCCAGGCAACUCCUACAGUCGCAAAGCGCUGGAGGCCUACACGGAGGGGCAGCGUCAGGUGUGGGAGGAGGAGGUGAGAAAGCCGUGCGAGGGCUUCCUGCAAACCUCAUGGAACGACGAUGGAGGGCCUGUGCGGCUAUCUACGUCUUCCUCCGGGACUCUUGCUCUUGGAAGAGAAGGUUCGCGAAGGAUACUGGAAGAGGAUGGCGAGAAAUCGCCGGGAGGUGGAACGGACAACAACGCCAAGAAGGGAGAAGUGGAGGACGAGGAGGAGCUUCUCCGCUUCAAGCUGAUGAUGGAUGCGAAAGGCUCGUCAGCUUCCAUGAGAGAGCUCAUGUAG